AUGUACAUAUGUCUGGGGGCCCUUAAGAAUGGAUUCAAGGCAGGUUGUAGGGCUGUUAUAGGAUUAGAUGGUGCUCAUCUAAAGAGUGCUUUUGGAGGGCAACUCUUGACAGUCGUUGGGAUCGAUGCCAACAAAACCACAUGGGUCAUAGCAUAUGCAAUGGUGGAGAAUGAGACUAAAGAUUUGUGGAUUUGGUUUCUGCAGUUAUUGGGAAAAGAUUUGGAUAUCAAUGAUGGUGGAGCCGGGUGGACAUUUAUAAGUGACAAACAGAAGGGAUUGAUGCCUGCUUUUGAUGACGUGGUCCCCUUAGCACAUAUCAGAUUCUGUGCGAGACAUAUGUGGACUAACUUCACAAAGUUAUUUCCGGGGAAACAGAUGAAGGACCAGAUGUGGAAGUGUGCUAAAGCAACCACAAUGCCGUUCUAUUUAAAAGACAUGGAAGAUAUGAAACAGUUGAAUGAGAAGGCAUAUGAUUGGAUGAAAGAACCUGAAAGGCCCCCAAAACAUUGGUGCAGGGCUUUCUUUAACACUGCACAGCAGUGUGACAUUCUAAUCAAUAACUUGUGCGAGAGUUUUAAUGGAUGGAUAAGAGACGCUAGGGGUAAGCCACCUCUGUCCAUGUUUGAAGAAAUCUGAGUGAAGCUAAUGACAAGGAUUCAGCUUAGAAGGGCAAAAAUGCAAGCUUACCAUGGCAACAUUUGCCCCAAAGCAAGGAAAACACUUGAAAAGAAUAAGUUGAAGGCCGCUACAGACUGUAUUUCUACCUUCAAUGGAGGUCACCAAGCUGAAGUUGAGAACUUUGGUGGCUCUAAGAAUACUGUGGAUCUGAAUCUAAGGACAUGCUCUUGUCGAAGGUGGGACUUGUCGGGAAUUCCUUGCAAACAUGCAGUCUCGGCUAUUUUCCAGAAGAGGGAGGACCCAGAUGAUUACGUUGCUGAAUGCUACCUCAAGAAGACCUAUAUGGCAAUAUACAGCAACCUCAUAAUGCCUGUUAAUGGUAUGGAUCUUUGGUUAAGAGGUGAAGGACCAGCAAUGUUACCUCCCCAAUAUACAAGACAGCCGGCCCGAC